UAGUGGAUUUAUACACGACGGCAGCGACGCAUUCACUUGGGAAGCUGGAAGGUCCCUCCAGGUUGUUGCUUCCUGUUCCUAUUCGUUUGGAAAAGAAAACGAAGUUCUAAAAAUCUUCAGGCCUCUUUUCGUUUUGAGUGUUGACAAUGUAGUAACUAUAUUCUUAGACAAUGUAUUUAUUGCUUUUGUUUGAAUAAUUUGAAACUUUGUAUAUUUUUCCAAACGAUCCGUCUUAAACCAGAGUGGGAAAACUGUUUUGGUGCUGUUUACCUAAUGUUUGUUUUAAAAAUACAGAUACUGGUUUAUUUGCUUUUAUUUUUUAUAUAUAUGUAUUUAUUUAUUCUGUUGAAGCAAAGGGUUUGGAUUCUCUUUAUGUGCAUGUUCAUGUAUGCGUCCACAUAAAAGAAGGCCGAUACAGCGUUUAAAGGAGUAACGCAUUGUGUAUGCUUAAUAAAUAGGUUAUGCGCUUUAUCAUAAUCUUUGCUUGAUUUUCGUAUUUAUUUUGUGUGUUUGGCUGGCGGGUGUACUGGGCUAGGAUGCCGCGCUUUUUAGGGAGAAACGAGACUUUAAAGUCUUGUGUGAAGAUGAAGUUAAACCAAAGCACUUUGCCUCGGUCGGUUUUAUGAACUUUUGAAGUGAACGGAGCUAAAUCCAGUAUUUGUCAUGCAGAGUAAAGAGCGACUCUGGCUGAAUCAGUAAGUGAGCUGGGGCGGAAUGUUGGCUGGGUGCCUAUGAACCACACGGGGUUUAAAAGGACAACGGUGAGGAGCUCUCGUUUCUCAUGCUAAGGUUUGCUGGUGAUUUAGGAGGCCGCGGAACCUGAAUUACUUGAUGAAUUUUCUAUCGAUCCUAAACACGCCAGAUUAAUCUCUGACACUGCUACUGGGUGGCGGUGCAGGAGCCGGUCAGGCCACUCUCCCACUCCCCGGUAUUAGUGGAGAAAGAGAAGAAUAAGGGGAAGAAAGUUGGCAAACAGCCUCUGCACACACCCUGUAAGUAUACAGAGGGAGGGGCAGUCGCCAUGAACUCCCCGGAAUACUUCCUUUCAGCUUCUUGUUAUGUUUUAUUUUCUGCUUGAACUUUUUAGUCAGGCACCUAGCAGGGGGAAAGGAGAUGUUUUUCAUGAAUCAGAUUCCGGUCAUUUUUUGGGUUUAACCAAACUUUACUCUAAUUACAACAGCAGCGCUUGUUUUUUUUGUUUGUUUUUUGAGGAUUUUCGGCUUUUUUACGGGCUGUGGAUCUCCGCUGACAUGAUGUUACCGAAACUCUGAGACAUCGGGGGAAACGGUGGAGUCUCGCAGGGAGAGGAUCUGAUCAAAAAUUGAGGUCAUAUGAUCAUGCGCGUGCGGGAGCAGUUUGUAUGUUUAAUUCCAUUUCCUUAUCCGGGGGUCUGUCCAAGAGGCGUGCCAUUGGCUGGCUGCUGUCACGUGGAAUCCUAACUUUGUUCACUUGACAGAAAAGUAGGAGGGUUCAAGUGAACAGGAAUAACCGAAGACUAAAGGGAUGACAUAUAAAUUUUAGUUAUAUCUUUUCGAGUCAGUGAAAUUUCAGUAAAAUACUGAAAUUAAUGGCCAUGAGCUCAUAUUUGAUCAACUCCAACUAUGUGGAUCCGAAGUUCCCACCCUGCGAGGAAUAUUCACAAAGCGACUAUCUUCCCAGUCACUCCCCGGACUAUUACAACUCCCAGACGCAGGAGCCUGCUACUUUCCGGGCGGACCCUAUCUACCACAAUGAACACCACCCGGCUCAUCACCAGCACCGAGUUGAACCGCCGUACACACCGUGCCAGCGUGCGCCGCAACCCACUUCUGUAAGGACGUCCCCCCAGGGUCACACCGUUAUCCCCACCGGGCUGAACACCACCCCUGUGUCCGAGCAGAGCCACCGCUGUGACUCGGUCACACCGAGCCCGCCUCCACCUCCGCUCUGCGCUCAAACUCCUCGCAGCCAAAGCGGGUCUUCCCCCGCCAGCAGCCGAAAGGACCCGGUGGUGUAUCCGUGGAUGAAGAAAGUGCAUGUAAACAUCGUCAAUUCCAGCUACACAGGUGGAGAGCCAAAGCGCUCGCGGACGGCUUAUACGCGCCAGCAGGUUCUGGAGCUGGAGAAGGAGUUCCACUACAACCGUUAUCUGACACGCAGACGUAGGGUGGAGAUUGCGCACACACUGUGUCUGUCAGAGCGGCAGAUAAAGAUCUGGUUCCAAAACCGGAGGAUGAAAUGGAAGAAGGACCACAAGCUGCCCAAUACGAAAGUCCGCUCCGGGACCAACAGCACCACAAGUGCUCAGAUUGUGUCCGCGUCUCAGAACCGCUCCUCCGGACCGCUAUAGUGCGGCUCUUUGAGUUGUGGCAGGAGGAUCCCACCCGUGUUCCCCAGCUUCUAGACUGAAAACUGAAGGAGUGGCACUGCAGAACCUCCGGAAUGUGCAAUUUGGACCAUAAUAUGAACUUAACUAUUGAGAAGAGGACAAAGGCAACUCAUGGCCGAAAUCAGGCCCCUGAUCAUGUUCCGUUACUCAGCUAUGAAGUUGUUUGUUUGUGUGUGCGCGCGCGUACGUGCGCGUGUCUGUGUGCGUGUCUUUGGGGGCGGUGGUAGGGAUGGUACUUGUUCUUUUUUGUCUUUUUGUUUAUUUCUCCAGUCCAUCCACCUACUAAGUUUUGUUGUUCAGAGUCGUUUGUGUGUGUGUGUGUGUGUGUGUGUGUGUGUGUGUGUGUGUGUGUGUGUGUGAGAGAGAGAGAG